UCUGUCAGACGCAAUGUGCACAAGAAUCAAUAUUAGUACAUCAACGCUUUAAGAAAAUAACAGAGGGCAGCAGAAAAAAUACUGCUCCUGAUGUUCUAGUAAUUAACACUGACCACUACGGAGUGACAGCGGGGGUUUGCGCAUCAUUUGUUCCUUAAAAGAUUUCUAAAUCAACUGUUGUCGUGGUAACUGGUCCCUCCGUCUCUGGAAUAAUGAGCUCCUCAGCCCACAUGUCCCGUUCCUCCAUUGACAUCCUGGAAGAGCUGCAGCUCAUCACUGCUGAGAACCUGGAGAAGCUGGACUUUAAUAAGUACUACGAGGUCAUCAGGGAGCUUGGCAAGGGAACCUAUGGCAAGGUGGACCUGGUCAUCCACAAGAUCAGAGGCACGAAAAUGGCCUUGAAAUUCUUGCGGAAGAAAACCACUAAGCUGAAGAGUUUCCUACGCGAGUACAGCAUCUCUCUCUACCUGUCACCUUGUCCUUUCAUCAUCAACAUGUUUGGCAUUGCCUUUGAAACUGACGAAUAUUACAUCUUCGCUCAAGAGUAUGCACUGGCAGGCGAUCUCUUUGACAUCAUUCCUCCCCAGGUUGGACUGCCGGAGAACGUUGUCAAGCGGUGUGUGCACCAGGUGGCGAUUGCACUGGAUUACCUGCACUGCAAGAAGCUGGUGCAUCGUGACAUAAAGCCGGAGAACGUCCUCAUCUUUGAUAAGGAGUGCCGGAAGGUGAAACUGUCAGACUUUGGCAUGACGCGGUGCGCUGGCUCUCCAGUGAAGCGGGUGAGCGGAACCAUCCCGUACACCGCUCCAGAACUGUGCGACCCCAGCCGGCAAGAGGGACUGUGUGUAGACUACAGCACUGAUGUGUGGGCCUUUGGUGUACUUCUGUUCUGCAUGCUCACUGGGAAUUUCCCCUGGGAAAAAGCACUCCCGACUGACGCCUUCUAUGAGGAGUUUGUGCGCUGGCAGCAUCGGCAGAGGCGAACCAGUGCGGUGCCUUCACAGUGGCGCCGUUUCACUGACGAGGCGCUCUGCAUGUUCCGCUGCCUGCUGGCCAUCGAGCAGGACCGCCGAUGCUUUGUCAAAGAGGUCUUCAGCUACUUCAACCACUGCUGGAUGCUCGACACGGAGAACGGCAACACCACCCAUGUCUCAGGCGGUAACCGCAACAAUGGCACGGUGAUGAAUGGCCGUCAGGCUGAGCUUAGCUCUUCUUCCUCUGAAGAAGAUGAGUUGGUGGACCGUUUGAAGCAACAGAGCUUGUCGCCUUUACUAACUAAAGGAGGCAUCAUCAUGGAGCCAGUGACAGCGCACUACUCCUCUACGUCCUCGAACAGCCCUGCUUCCUCCACUGGUGGCUACGAGCGCGUCUCCCGUGACAACAAUGGCAACAAUGGUCGCAUCCUGGUCACAACACCUAUUGAAAUAUGCGUGUAGACAGGUCACUGGCAUUGACCUACCUUGCACAUGUACUUGGGAUGACUAGAUGACAAUAAGGACACAAGUCCAUGCGAAGCAAACGCGUCAGAGGAAAAGUUAGUCGCUGACGCACAAGUGCUCAGCAUCCCAAGAAGAGCUGACAGCUUGAAACGCUUCCUGAUGACGAGCAUCUCUGAGGGAAUCUGUAAGACACUCACCAAAGUCUGCAGAUUGUGUCUCGACCACGUUUUCCACAUAUAAUUAGACCAAAACGAAAGCAGUUUACAUGGGAAACUUUAGAAGAAUAGAAAGAAAGAAAAAAAACUCUUGUGUGAAAAUAUGAAGCA